CCCCGGAAUCAGUCGCAAACGAACAACGAACCAUCGAAGUUUAGAAAAAUAUUCGAGAACAAAAAACCAAAAGGCGAUCGCGCGCGCGCUUUUCCUGCUCGAGAAAAACCGAACAACCGAACCAAAAAUCCGACAACGAAUAGCGAACAAAACGAAAAUAUAUUUGGAAAAUUCGAAACAGAUAAAAAAAAAACAGCAACAGAAAUACCAAAAUUGCAAUUGUUUUUUCGCCGAUUUUUCUGCUAGUUUUUUUUUGUUUUUGUUUUUUUUUUGUUCCUGCUGUUUGUUUUGUGGCGCGCGCGUGUGCAUUGCCAAAAACGAAUCUUCGGAGAACACAACGAAUCGAAAAAUAAAAUGAAAAUAGAAUAAAAAUAAAAUCAAAUAAAUGUGAAGGAAACACAGUCAACACAAAAGGAAGAAAAGAAUAAAACGAGACGCACAUUUUCUCAGUUUACGUUGCAUGCCGCGUGGACUCGAACAGAAGCUGCUUGGCUAUAUACACACAUACAUAUAUAUAGAUAGAUACCAUUAUAUACAUCGUACAUACACAUAUAUAUGUGCGAGAAAUAAUAGCGAAUUGCUGGCCCAAAGCAAAAGGCAGAAGUAUAGUUUAUUUUUUGAGAGGCGUUGCCCGCCGUAUACCCAUGAGAAUUGAAACGAAUCGAAUGCUGUGCCCCGAAAACUGGCGCAAGGCUCAAUCCGCAAAGCGAAAGCCCUCCUCGUUUUGAAUAUAAAUACACGUGCCUGUCACACCAGAUGUUAAAGCUUUGAAUACGAUAAUUAUUACUGUGUUGAUUAUGUGGAAUACUCAUUUCGAUCCUUUGCGAAAUCAGCCGAUGCUUAUCGUAAAGCGCCUCAGACCCCCGGAAGACGGAGGGCGACGCAACGAUUGAGAGAUUGAAGCAACUGAGAAAUUGAUAUUGAGAAAUUGAACAAACGAAUCUACGUCACUAACGAACACACAGAACUGCUCGCAGUUGAAAAACGAAACUAAACUCUUUAUGGAAACGUAGAAUACAACGAAAAUACAACCAAAAUCAAAAACCAAAUACAACGAACGAACAACAACAACAACAACUACUACUGCGACAACAACAACAACAACAACAAGAACAACAACCAUAAAGACAAGCAUACAUAUAGGAAAUCUAUAGAUAGAUAGAAGAUCUAGCUUUUGCUGUAAAUAUUAAUAUUUAAAAAAGGAAAGAGUUUUCACUUAGAUUUAAACAUAAAUAAGAAUCUGUUUCUGUUGAUUUUUGAUUGCAUAUGGUACGAGUAAAUAUAUAUAGCAUUGUUGUCCCAUUAUAUAUUGUUGAAUAACGAAUAACGAAUACUAGUCAUUGCGCCCAACUGUGCGUAUACGUGAUCAGCCUUUGCGUAUACUUAAUAUUAAGAGAAAGUAGCUUAAAUAUAAGAGAUAUUUAGUGCAGGGUUUAGAUAGGAAGAAACAACGAACAAAUGAUGAAAAAUCUCAAUGGUAGAGCGCAUAAUGCGUGCUACCAUCCCUACCUCCAUCAGCUGCAUCAGGCACAACAACAGCAACAACAGCAACAACAACAGCAACAUCAGCACCAGCAGACAUUACAUGCUGCUCAUACGCAACAAAAUGGCCUGACGCAGAACGCUCAACCGCAGAUGCAGUGGCCAUAUAAUGCUGCUGCAGCCAAUCAAUACUACCAACAACAGCAACAACAGCUGCAUCAUCAGCAGCAGCAGCAGCAAGAGCAGCAAAUGUUACAUCAACGACAAUUGCCCACACAGCAGCCGGCUGCGACAACCAACACAAACGCCGCCGCCAUGGCCGCCAUGUGCCAAAUGCAGAACUUUUUUACACAACAACAACAACAACAACAGCAACAGCAAGAGUUCAACAACAAUUGUGGGCACAUUAAUUACAAUCAGCCACAGCAGCAGCAGCAGCAGCAGCAGCAACCAACGCCAAUCAAAUCUACACCAACGAAUAAUCCACCAACAAAUACUUCAACAACAGCGAAUGGUGACAAGUUUGCAAUGGAUGCCAGUGAAAUUGCCAGUUUUUUAGCCAGCGAGCUAUUUAUGCAGCAGCUCGGCACAUUCGAUGGCAUACAGAGUGCACCAACGCUGACGACGCCCACGCUGACGCCGACCACGCUGCGCAGCAUCGAGGAGACAUUCUACGAGAUGACCAACGAUGUGGUUAAUGCACCAUAUCAGGCCGGUUUCAAGCCGCCCCCGCUGGCCCCAUUGGUAAGCAACAACAAUGGCAAUGGCAAUGGCAACAAUGGCAACGGUUUGGUAUCGGUGGUGCCCACAACGACGACCACAACGGCCACCAUAAUUGGUGUGAGCAAUCCGCUAAUCAGUCAGCAGCAGCAGGUAUUUGAUUGCGGGUCCAGCAUUAUGCCCGGCAGCGAUUCGGAGGAGUCCAACGGCUCCUGGGCCGACGGGCAAAUAAAUGAGGAUCAGAGCAUAUCCGAUACUUCAAGUGGAGCCACAGACAGCACCUCCUAUCAGAAUGGACACAUGAUGAGCAACAGCAACGGCGGAAAUGGCGGGGGCGGUGCCAACAACUUCAGCAAGGUCCUGGCCGCAGCCAUGAGCUCUUCUCAGGGCAACACAAAUACCUCAAACAGUGCCACACCGGCGCGUCGUGGCGGCGGACGGCGACCGAACAGGUCCGCCAAUAUGACGCCCGAGGAGGAGGAGAAGCGUCGCAUCCGCAGGGAGAGAAACAAGCAGGCGGCGGCACGUUGUCGCAAGCGACGCGUCGACCAGACCAACGAACUCACCGAAGAGGUCGAGUUGCUGGAGAAGCGAGGCGAGAGCCUGAAGAAGGAGAUGGAGCUGCUCAACGAGACGAAGAACCAGCUGGAGUACUUCCUCCAGGCGCACCGUCCCGCGUGCCUGAAGGUGCGUGCCGAUAUGCUCAGCGUGUCCACCUGCAAUGGGAUAAUCGGGCCAGCGGCCCUCCUCAGUGCCGGCAGCUGUGGCAGCGGCAGCAGCCACCACAACAACAACAGCAAUAGCAAUGACAGCAGCAGCGGCACCAUAACCGGCCUCGAUGCCACCCUGAACUCCACCGGGCGCAGCAAUUCGCCGCUCGGUCUCAAGCCAGUGCCAAUCGAUGAGGAUCUGCUCUUGCAAAUUAAGGACGAGCCGCUCGACGGUGCACUGGACUCGAGUUCCUCGCUCGACCAGGACGGACCGCCGCCGCACAAGCGCUGCUUCGCGCUGCCCAACAUUGCCACGCUGAUGACGCCCACCGCCCCGACGGGUUCGCUGCAGACGCCCAUCUCGGGCACGGCGCCGCAUGGCUUUGGCAACUUCCCCACCACCAUCAGCAACAUCCACAACGGCCCCACACUUAACACUCUGAACAAGAUGCCAAAGGAGCGACCCAACACGCUGGCCGUCCAGCGGCCCUUUGGCGGCCAAAUGCAGCUGAGCGUGAGCGGCGGCAAGGCGCCCACACAGAUACAGGGUGUGCCCAUCCAGACACCGUCGACGGGCACCUUCAACUUUGACUCGCUGAUGGACGGGGGCACUGGGCUGACGCCCGUGUCCGGUCCGCUGGUGCCCAACUGCUCCUCGCAGAACAAGCAUCCGCUGGAGCUGCCCACGCCCACAACCGAGCCGUCCAAGUUGGUCAGCUUAUAACCGGUAUAGGGCCGGUGGCGGAGGCCGACGCACGGCGCUAACAAAGUCAGAAUUAAGUUAAGUUUUCUACGUUAUAAUGAAUGAACUAUCUACAACUUACGCUGCAAGUGGAGGGAGCGCUGAAAUCAACAAACAUUUUGCUAGUUCUACCGGAUGUUUCGUUCUUUUUUUUGUAAUCGUAUCUGUAACGAAUAUUUCGUAGGCCCCUCGUAGGGCACUCUUGUUUUCCGUUAACUUUAAUGUUUUUGUAUUAUUAUCUUUAUUACGUUUAAUUUAUGAUUUUUCUACGAGUAUAUCUUUAUGCCGGAGGAGUGUUUUGUGCAAUUUUGAAAUCUUUUUUCAUUUGCGUGUUAUAUUUUCCAAAAAUAUAAAUACGACAACCGACAACAGAUCGGAUCGGAUCGGAUCGGAUCGAUGGAUGCAAUGUGAUGCAUGUUUAGCGUGUUGUAUGCCUGACAUUUUUCAGCUUGUGGCGCAAGCGGCCAAGCCGGAAAAUGCAAACCGAAUGAGUAGAUGGAAAAGGGAUUGGAGGAGUGGAAGAGUCGAAGGAUGGAAGGAUGCGUUGUGAUAUUUAUUAUAAAAAAAAUAAACAAAAGUAGGAAAGAAAGCAAACAAAAGAAUUAAACGAAGCGAAUGAAGCGUGUAAUGAAAGGAACUAAGCCGGUUUUAAAAUUGUACAUUUAAACGAAGGAAAAGAUUGCAUAAAAUAUAUGUAUACCUACACAGAUAUCUAUUAAAUACAGAAGAAAUACAAACAAACUACAUACAAUGCCUUGAGAGAGAAUUAAGAAAUGCAACAACAAAUUUAUAUAAAUAUUAUAUGUACUAAAUGUAUGUUUAAAACGUAAACAAUAAUCGCGUUAAUUGAUGAUGACGAUGCCAGUUUUAUAUUGAAGCCGUAGCACAUGUGAAACGAUGAGCAGAUGAGAUACACAACAAAAUAUUGUAUACUUAUUGUACGACGAUUAUUCGGUAAGCCUGCACGUAGUAGAAGAGCCCAAAUAUAUUUUUACUAAACGCAACGAAAGCGCUAUUUUCAAAUACAAUUUAUAAGAUGAUAAUGACAAAGCAAAGCAAUUAUUUAAUAUGUAAUUAAUGUAUUAUGCAAAACUGAUGAAAUACGAAAAUCGAACAUAAUAUUCUACAAUAGAUCAGAAUCAGGUAAAAGAAUAUAUAGAUUGCCCCUGUGUGGCAUUAUGUUCCACAUUUUUCUACAUUUAUCCAAACACCACACACAAAAAUCAAAUUGAUCAGCAGGAAACUGUAGGAAAAAAUACGAUGCACUUAUAAGGCAGAAAAAAACACACACACAAACACCAAAAUUGA